UUCCGUAUAAAAACCGGCAGGCGGUCCUCGGUAAGGCAUCAUAACCUCCACAACCGUUCAAAAGUAACCACCCGAAACAACCGCUCCCAUACCAAAACCACCAAAAUGAAGUGCAUGGUAGCUGCAGUCAUCUUGGCCCUGGCCGUCGUUUCGGAAGCCGGACUCCUGCCGUACGGUGGCUGGCCUUAUGGUCAUCUGGCUGCCCCGACCGUCAUCCAGUCGAAUGUGCUGGCCCACCCGUACGGUGCGAUCUCGCACGCCGCCAUCCACGCUGCUUACGCUCCGCAUGCUGCCAUCCUGGCCGCGCCGCACGCUGCCAUUCUGGCCGCUCCACAUGCUGCCAUCUUGGCCGCUCCGCAUGCCCCAGCUGCGUCGGUCGCUCACCAUGCUGGAGUCGUCCCUGGAGCCACCUCCGUCACUGCUACCCGAGGUGCUGUGCAUGUCGCGCCCCUGCCUGGACAUGCCGUCUCCCAGCAGCAGCUGAACCUGGCCCCGGCCCCUGGCACGCUCUAAGCCAUCCCAUCCCCUAGUCAGUGUGCCCCCGGUUCGGGUGCUCUGGAACAUUCUAUCUCUUACCAUCUGUCGUCUAUCGCUAUAUUGUUCAAAAGUUACGCUAUCCCGAUUUGAAUGGUAGAGUUACAUCGUUCGACCCCCACUUCAUUCGGACCUGGAACGCGCGUGUGUGUGUUUGAAUAAAACGAACAAACCAAAUUUGGUUUCAUUUUUCUCAUUAAAA